ACCACUCUUUAUUUUGUAGGCGAGAGAUCCCGGCCUGGGAAGAGACUGUAGGCGAUCUUCCAGAGGCGGAGAAACGGCAUGCAAAACCGCCCGGCCUUCGCGACUAUGCACCUGAGUCGAUGAAUGGCAGCAACUGCUGCCAAUCAAGUUGCCAGUUGUUUCCCCAGGUCUUGUUUCCGGCGGGGCGAAAGCGGUGUGCGCCGGAGUAGGCGGUGCCGGCCUCAUGCCCAUAUAGCGAACCCGCCCGCCAACGCCCAUUUAUUCGCCAGCGGUCCGGUGCCUGUUUUCCCCAGGUUUGCUCGUUCCUAGCUCGAACUGAAGUGUAUCCCUAGCUGGUGCUGAAUAAAUCUCAUGAUGGUGGCUGAAACCUUAGGCCUGGAAAGUUCCUCAAUAUGGGUGCUGGCACUGUUGGGAACUUUUACAGUAACUGCUCUUGGACUGGUGUACAAACUAGGACUGAUUUAUCAAUUCUGGCAUCAGGUGGAUCCUAAAAGUACCCGGCAUGGUGGGGAGAUAGUGGCAGAGGUGCUGAAAGCUCAUGGUGUGCACUACUUGUUCACGCUGGUGGGUGGACACAUCUCCCCCAUUUUGGUGGCUAGUGAGAAAUUGGGCAUUCGUGUUGUGGACACAAGGCAUGAGGUGACUGCUGUAUUUGCAGCAGAUGCAGUGGCCAGACUCUCAGGAACAGUGGGAGUUGCUGCAGUGACAGCAGGACCUGGAGUAACAAAUACUGUGACAGCUAUGAAAAAUGCCCAAAUGGCAGAAUCUCCCGUAUUGCUGAUUGGAGGGGCAACAAGCACAUUGCAGAAGGGCAGAGGAGCUCUCCAAGAUAUUGACCAAUUAUCUCUAUUCAAGCCACUCUGCAAAUUCUGUGCUUCAGUGAACACUGUCAAAGAUAUUGCUCCUGUGCUGCGAAAAGCAAUUGCUGUUGCCCAAUGUAAUACUCCAGGUCCUGUGUUUGUGGAGUUUCCUUUGGAUAUUCUAUAUCCUUACCAUUUGGUUGAGAGAGAGAUACUUAGGAAUGUUUUUCCCAAGAGCCUGAAAGGAAAGGCCUUGAACUGGUUUCUGCGCAAUUAUUUGAGAAACCUGUUUGCUGGAGCUUGGGAAGCACAAGACCUUUCACCUCUACCAGUGAGCAUGCCAAAAGCCACAGAGGCACAGGUGCAACAGUGCGUGGAGCUGAUCAGCAGGGCUAGGAAACCAGUCAUACUGCUUGGCAGUCAAGUGACCCUCCCUCCAAUCCCAGCAAACAAGCUUAGAGAAGCUUUAGAAGAACUUGGGAUUCCAUGUUUCCUAGGAGGCAUGGCUCGGGGCAUGCUGGGAAAGAACAGUCCAUUGCACAUUCGUCAAAAUCGGCGUGAAGCUCUCAAGGAGGCAGAUCUGGUUAUUCUAGCAGGCACCGUCUGUGAUUUUCGCCUGUCAUAUGGACGCACCUUGAGUAAGCACAGCAAAAUCAUUGCUGUUAACAGGAAUCAGGAGCAACUGUUUAAAAAUGCAUAUUUUCACUGGAUACCAAAUAUAGCCAUAAAAGGAGAUGCUGCAUUGUUCCUUGUGUGCUUAAACCAAAAGCUGAAAGGCUAUUCAUGUCCCCAGGAUUGGGUAAUAAGUUUGAAGGAGGCUGAUCAGAGGAAGGAGAAAACAAACAGAGAGAAGGCAGAAGAACGGACAGAACAGUAUCUUAACCCACUGAAGCUCUUGCAUCAUGUAGAUUACUUGCUUCCUGAACACAGUCUACUAGUUGCAGAUGGAGGUGAUUUUGUAGCAAGUGCUGCCUAUAUUAUAAAGCCAAGGGGACCACUAUCUUGGCUGGAUCCAGGGGCUUUUGGAACUUUGGGAGUUGGGGGUGGAUUUGCCCUAGGAGCCAAGCUCUGCAGGCCAGACUCAGAGGUGUGGAUCUUAUAUGGAGAUGGCUCUCUUGGAUUCAGCAUUAUGGAAUUUGAUACUUUUGUGCGACACAGGAUACCUGUUAUUGCCCUUGUGGGGAAUGAUGCCUGCUGGACUCAAAUUUCCAGGGAACAAGUGCCCUUGUUGGGUAGCAAUGUAGCCUGUGCACUGGAUUACUUAGAUUACCAUGUGGUGGUGGAAGGUUUAGGAGGAAAAGGUUUGUUGCUCACACGCCAGAAUGAGGACCAAAUGGAUGACAUCAUCCGGACAGCACAAUCCAAAUGCAGGAAUGGACAGCCCGUCCUUCUCAAUGCAUUGAUUGGGAAAACAACCUUUCGUGAAGGCUCCAUUGCUAUGUAGACUGUGGCUGUGGCCACAGUAUCUGAGAAUUACAUAAGGAGUAGAACCUCUGCUUCGCAUGAAGGCUCUGGCUCUGUUGAAUUGACAUUAAGCUAGGGGUUGGGUCAUCCUGAGAGCCAAAAUCGCUAGCUAUUGUUAAUACUUAGUAAGCUUUGAAGCCUUCUGCCAAUGUUUAUUAUUUGUGUUGUCUCACUUUGCUUCUAUUUUUGUUGGUGAAAGUAGCUUUAAUUUGGUGGCUCUUUCCUUUUUGUUAAGAUGAUAUGUUUAGCUUGGUAACCCUCAUUGACUAAUCCUGACUUGCCAAUCAGAAAAAAUGACUAUG